AUGGCGUUUCGGUUUUUGAGAUCUCGUGCAGCCGUUAAGUGUCAGUGUUGGUACUCCUCAACGAAUCCUGCUGCAUAUCAUUCAAGGCCACUCAGCUUUGCGAACGCGUAUAUUCCCCAUGGUGAGCCGCAGAUCAGUCGGAGCCACUAUGGAAGAAGGCAUCUGGCGACAGCAGCCGGCGCAACCCAAGCGGAAGAGGAUGAGCUUCCAUUGAAAGGGAUCACCGUCGUCAGCCUUGAACAAGCAAUAGCAGCUCCGUUCUGCACAAGGCAACUAGCAGAUCUAGGAGCUCGAGUUAUCAAAGUCGAGCGUCCAGGGGUGGGCGAUUUUGCGCGAGAUUACGAUACAAGACUCAACGGACUUUCGUCUCACUUCGUCUGGACGAAUCGCUCGAAAGAGAGUCUGGCUCUUGAUUUGAAAACUCCCAGAGACUUGGCUGCCUUGAGAAAACUCCUGGGCAAAGCAGAUGUCCUUGUUCAGAACCUUGCCCCCGGCGCUACGGAUCGCCUGGGCAUCUCAUACGAGAAGCUUCGAAAUGAAUUCCCUUCGCUUGUCGUGUGUGAUAUUUCAGGUUAUGGAGAUAGUGGUCCGUAUCGAGACAAGAAGGCAUAUGACCUGUUGGUUCAGAGCGAGGCUGGAAUGCUGUCGGUUACAGGGACUGAAAGCGAGCCCGCCAAGGUCGGAAUAUCUAUUGCCGAUAUCGCCUCUGCAAUGUACGCCUACACGAAUAUCCUCAGUGCAUUGAUGAAGCGGAACAAGACAGGAAAGGGGUCCCGUAUAGAUGUUUCCAUGCUGGAGAGUAUGGCGGAGUGGAUGACAUUUCCAUUAUACUACACCUACCAAGGUCAGCCCGGUCCAAAGCCAGUAGGCGCUUCUCAUGCGGCUAUCUUUCCAUAUGGACCUUUCCAGACAGGAGGAGGAGGGUCAGUAAUGCUUGGUAUUCAGAAUGAAAGGGAAUGGGCACGCUUGUGUUCGGAGGUUUUGGACGAUCCAACUCUGGCGACCGACGUACGGUUCGCGAGCAACCUCAAACGCGUUGAAAACCGCGAUAUACUCAGAAAAAUCAUGCUUGAUGUCUUUUCAAGGUUGUCUGCAGAAGAGGUUAUCGCUCGGUUGGACUCUGCAAAGAUUGCGAAUGCCAAAGUCAACGACAUGGCUGGAGUAUGGGACCAUCCACAACUCAAGGCUCGGAACAGGUGGACCGAAAUUCAGACACCUAAUGGCCCAGUACCAGCGCUCCUCCCCCCUGGCACGACUAGUGCCUCUCAAGUCAGGAUGGCUGAGGUCCCAAGGAUUGGGCAGCAUACCAAAUCCAUACUUCAAGAAUUAGGUCUAGAUGAAUAG